GAAACCCUACAAAUGCAAUCAAUGUGAUAAAGCCUUUUCAGGACACACUAAUCUUCAAAUGCAUAAAAGAUCACAUUCAAGAGAGAAACACUACAAAUGUAAUCAAUGUGAGAAAGCCUUUUCACAACACAGUCAUCUCCAAAUACAUAGAAGAACACAUUCUGGAGAAAAACCCUACAAAUGUAAUCAAUGUGAAAAAGCCCUUUCACAACACAAUAGUCUCCAAAUACAUAGAAGAACACAUUCUGGAGAAAAACCCUACAAAUGUAAUCAAUGUGAGAAAGCCUUUUCACAACACAAUAGUCUCCAAAUACAUAGAAGAACACAUACUGGAGAGAAACCCUACAAAUGCAAUCAAAGUGAUAAAGCCUUUUCAGGACUCAGUAGUCUUCACACCCAUAAAAGGAUACAUUCUGGAGAGAAACCCUAUGAAUGCAAAGAAUGUGGUAAAGCCUUUUCACAACACAAUAGUCUCCAAAAUCAUAAAAGAACACAUACUAGAGAGAAACCCUACAAAUGCAAUCAAUGUGAUAAAGCCUUUUCACAACCCACUAAUCUCCAAGUGCACAAAAGAACACAUACUGAAGAGAAACCCUACAAAUGUAAUCAAUGUGAUAAAGUCUUUUCAGGACCCACUAAUUUCCAAAUGCAUAAAGGAACACAUGCUGGAGAGAAGCCCUACAAAUGUAAUCAAUGUGAUAAAGCCUUUUCAUGAGUCAGUCGUCUCAAAAUACAUAAAAGAACACAUACUGGAGAGAAACCCUACAAAUGUAAUCAGUGUGACAAAGCCUUUUCCCGACAAAGUUAUCUCCAAGUGCAUAAAAGAACACAUUCUGGAGAGAAACCCUACAAAUGCAAUCAAUGUGAUAAAGUCUUUUCCCGACAAAGUUAUCUCCAAGUGCAUAAAAGAACACAUUCUGGAGAGAAACCCUACAAAUGUAAUCAAUGUGAUAAAGUCUUUUCACGACACAGUAAUCUCCAAGUACAUAAAAGAACACAUAAUGGAGAAAAACCCUACAAAUGUAAUCAAUGUGGUAAGGACUUUUCACAAAAAGGUCAUCUCCAAAUACAUGAAAGAACACAUACUGGAGAGAAACCCUACAAAUGUAAUCAAUGUAAUAAAGACUUUUCACGACAUGGUCAUCUCAAAAUUCAUGAAAGAACACAUACUGUAGAGAAAACCUAUGAAUGUAAUCAAUGUGGUAAAGCCUUUUCAUGUUCCA